AUGAGGGCUACGUCUGGUGCGCCCACGAAAAAGCCAGCUGCGAACAAGCUGACCAUCAAUGCCAUGGUGGAUGACAUCAAGACGGCUGCCUCGUCCAAGGAUGAUGAGGAAGAGAACCAAUUGCGCGACAAAGACAAGAAGAAGGGAAUGCCGCGGGGGAUCAUGUUGGCUUCCGUUUUCCAUGGCGACUCCAGGGCCAUGGAGGCUAGCCUUGCUAAGGGCGAGUUGCAGUCGCACAAGGACGAUGCGGGUAUGGAGUACCUAAGCUUCCGUGAGCUGCAAACCAUGGAGGAGGCCCACACGUUGGCGGGGCUCAUGUCGAAGAUGAAGUGGGAGUGGGUCUGCAAGAAGGCUGAUCAGACUCGGCUUGAACAGGAUGCUCAUCUGCCUGAAGGGUUCCUCAAGACGCUGGCCAAGGCAGCCACGGCGUGCGACAAGUUGCUGAAAGAGGGCUUGAAGCUUUCCAAGGAAAGGGGCUUGGCGGAGAAGGAGGGAGCCCUUAAGGCUGCCUACGCCGACCUGACCAAGCACCAGAGCCAGAUUGAACACGUCAAGACUUGGAAGGAACUCCCGAACACCGAUGGCCCACUCACCAAAGGCGCCUUGGACAACUUCUUGCUUGACAUUGCCCGGGACGUUGACAAGUACAACAGGGAGAUCGAAAGCGUCAAGGGCAUCCUCAAGGCAAGGCGGAACUGA